AUGCUGCGAACACUCGUCCGAAGAGCUCACGUUCACAAGCCCGGGUUCCGCUUCCCCGACCGCAAGGCUCCCAAAGAAGCGCACACACCGCACCCUCAUCCCGCAGCACCCUCCAACAUCGCCUCGUCCUUCGACCACUUCCAGAAAGUCUUCGCCUCAGGCCCGCACUUCCACCCUGAAAAGCUCCAGCAGUCUUCUCCGUCACAAUCGCAGUCGCAGCAGACAAGCGGCAGCGGCCUGCUCGGAAACGUGGAUAUGAACGACAGGGAGGUGGCCGAGGACGUGCAUCUGUUGCCGGAGAGGUUCUGGCGUACACCGGCGCUCGCCUUCUCGGAUGCAGAGAUGGAAGCCAUCAUGACCGGAGGCGCAAACUAG